AUGACGCUUGCUGACUCCAAGAAUGUGGCGCGGGCUGCCGCGGCGACAUUUCUCACAGCAAGUGCGCUGCUGGCCAUCAAGGUGAUACGAAUCAAGCGGCGGCGGGGACCGAAGAACUUCAGGAGCUACCAGCCCGUGGCGCCCACGCAGGGCGACGACUGCACUCGCGACCGCUUCUCCACCAAGAAGCUGCCGAAGAGCAUCGACGCCGUGGUGGUGGGCUCGGGGAUUGGAGGACUCUACCUGGCGGCCCUGCUUGCAAAGUCUGGCCGCGUCGUGGUGGUCUUGGAGCAGCACUACGUGGCGGGCGGCUGCACGCACGAGUUCACGGACAAGGGCUGGACCUUUGACACAGGCGUGCACUACGUGGGCCGUGUGGAGAAGUACAGCAAGCUGCUGGACCUGGUGUCCGAUGAACCAGUGAAGUUUGCCCAGAUGGGGAGUCCAUCUGAUGGCUUCGUGUACGACCAGAUAAAGCUGGGCCAGGAGCCAGCUCACUCCUUGAGGGCGGGCCGGCAGAACUUCGUGCAGGACUUGCAGGAGCGCUUCCCGGCAGAAAAGGAGGCCAUCGAAAGGUACGUGGACAUGGUGGUCAAGUGCAACAAGGGAGCUGAACUGCACUUUUUCGGCAAGCUCUUCCCGCGCCCAGUGGAGCUGCUCCUGGACUUCUUCCUGGGAUCGAAGUUCAAGAAGCUUGCUGGCCGGACGGCGAAGGAAGUGCUCGACGAGCUCUUCACCUCCGAGCUGCUGAAGUCGACCCUCCUGGGCCAGUUCGGCGACUACGGCAUGCAGCCCUCUGCCGCGUCCUUCUUCAUCCAUGCAGGCAUCGUCGCCCACUACCUGGAUGGGGGCUACUACCCCGUGGGCGGCCCGCAGCAGAUCAGUCGUGGGCUGAUCCGGACGAUCGAGAAGGCUGGGGGCCGUUGUUUGGUCAACGCGCCUGUGCAGAGGGUGGACGUGGCCCAGAACCGCGCUACCGGCGUGACCCUCCGCAACGGUGUCCAAAUUUCUGCGCCUCUCGUCGUGUCAGCCGCUGGCGCCGAGGCGACGUCCAAGUUCUUCCCGCAGUUCGCCCUGCCUCCGAAGCUGCAGGGCGGCAUCAGCCACAUGUAUGCCUUCCUGGGCCUCCAGGGCAGCAAGGAGGAGUUGGCGCUCAGCUCCUCAAACCUCUGGGCGCUGCCCUCCCCAGACAUCGAGGGGGAUCUUGCCAGGUAUUAUGCCGACCCCUGGCCCAUGGUGGACUCUGGCUCGCUCUUGCUCUUCGUGGGCUUCCCCUCCGCCAAGGACCCGCAGGCGGCAGAACGGCAUCCGGGGAAAAGUACCUGCGUCAUCAUCACGGAGGCUCGGGAGGAGUGGUUCAGCAAGUGGAAGGACUCCAAGCAAGGCAAGCGAGGUGAAGACUACGAGCAGGUGAAGCGACGCUUUCAGGAGGGCAUGAUCAAGGGCCUGCUGAAGCACUUCCCGCAGCUGGAGGGCAAGAUUGAGUACGUGGAGAUGGGAAGCCCGCUCUCCAACGUGCACUACCUCAGCCGCGCGGCGAGCUACGGCCUCCAACAUCCCCCCAGCCGCUACACUAUUGCUGGGGGCCUGCACCCCGGUCGCCUGGCUGGCGUGGAGGGGAUGUGGCUCACGGGCCAGGAUGUCACGACGAAUGGGUUUGCCGGGGCACUGAUGGGAGGUGUGCUCACAGCCCAUGGAAUUCUGGGCUAUGGUUUCUGGGAGAUCGUGGUGUGUGGACGAGAUUUGAUCACGGACAUGAUGAACCAGCAGAAGUGA